UCACCGACGCCGUAUAGCAAGCGGAGACUUUUCUAUUCGUUCUCCUAUUUUGUGGACUUGGAGGACGACCUGCCUAGCAAGUUGCUACUUCCGGCGGCCACAUCACUCCGGCCAUCCUAUCGGGAUUGUUUCGCUCUCUCAGGUUUGUUUCUUCCUCGAGUUUCUUUUAGCUGUUAGGCCUUUUAGUCGUCGUCUUCAACAAGCUAUUGUCGCACCGAGUGUGGUAUGACCAUGAUGGUGAUCGAAUCCAAGAUCAUUGGUUGUUGCUGGGUGUGGAUUUCUAGGGCUUAUCUUUUCGGUUCAAUUUCGACAUUAUGUGCUGGGUUGGCCGAUGGAUCGGCGAUUAGGUUCUAGCAUUUCGCGUAUAUUUGAUCAGUGGUUUGAGGAUCGGAAUUUUGUGGGGCUUUCGCCACCGUCAUUCUUGAAGCGUUCAUCGAUCGCGAUUAUCCAAAUCCGGUCAUGAUUUGAUCGGCCAUUAAUAGAAUUCCAGAUUCCUGGGGUGUUCUUUUUCAAAUUUUCAAGGACAUAUCUAGGAUUUACUCAAGAAUUAGUGGAUUAUUUGGAUUUAUAAAUUCAUGGGAUCGAUGGUUAAUCUUUGUUAAGGAUUAUCCGAUUUUAUGUGCUUUUGCUCAAGGAUCGGUGGCAUCGGUGGGAUUGUAAAUUCAGGGAGUCAGUGAUCAAGGUUUUUUAAUCUUAGUCAUGGGUUCUUUGGCUUGAUUUGUGAUUUUGGUCGAUGCUCGUGUUCAUGCUAUUCAAGAAAUUCCGAUUUUUUUGGAAUUGCUAGAACAGAGUAUGCGCUUAUCUGGGAUUUUAAAGAUUAGGGGUUUCUGAUUUGGAUCUUGGUUGAAGGUAGAGUCAUUUGAUUUUGGCUGCUCCCCAUGGAUUGCUUGUUUCAUUUUUUUCCUAUUUUUGUUUAUAGUAUGGUGAUUAAGACUGCUAGGAGAGAUUCAGAGACAAUGGAAAGAUCGGGUUUUUACAAACUCCAUGGAGAUCCUUCAAACAGCAACAGUAUGUGCAUCUUUUGGCUUAAAGGUAGAUGCCACAGAAACCCAUGUCGGUUUGCUCAUGGUGAAAUGCCGCACAAAACCACCAGUCCCAGUUUUGCAAAGCAAUCCCAUGCAUUACCUGCAGAUCAUCCCAGGAAGAGGCCUUACUACCAGACGUCCAAGUAUACACUGGUUUUGAGGAAUGGAGGAAGGGUCUUGGGCAGUAAUGUUGCUGAGAUGUUACCAGAAAAUCUUCAUAAGAAAUCCCCUAAAAGUGUUCCUAGGAAAUCCCCGGAGAAGGUUAUUAAAAAGUAUUCAGAAAAUGUUCAUAAAGAGUCUCCCAAAGAUGAUUUUGAGAAUUCCUUGGGAAAUGUUGUUGAGAAGUCCUUAUCAAAAACUGCUGUUGAAAAGUCUUCGCAAAAUGAUCCAAAGAAGUCCUUGGAAAGGGUCUGUCAGUUCUGGGCGGAGGGUAAUUGUAUAUAUGGCGAUCAGUGCCAUAACCUGCACUCUUGGUUUCGUGGCGAUGGGUUUAUGAUGUUGGCAAAGCUCCAAGGGCAUGAGAAGGCUGUCACUGGGAUUGUGCUUCCUGAAAGAAGCAACAAGCUUUAUUCAGGUAGUAGUGAUGGAACUGUUCGGCUUUGGGACUGCCAUUCUGGUCAAUGUGCUAGUGUGAUUAACCUUGGUGGCGAAGUUCGGUCUAUUAUCUGUGAGGGUCCAUUGGUCUUUGUCGGCAUGUUAAAUGUUGUGAAGGUCUGGAAUACUGAUUCAGCUGCUGGAUGCUGUCUCAAUGGACCUACUGGACAAGUCAAUGCCUUGGAAGUUGUUAAGGAUUUGCUUUUUGCAGGAGCAGAGGACGGUGUUAUUUACACAUGGAAAGGCUGUUAUGAAGCUAAUCUUACUCUUCAAUUGGCUGCUACCCUUAAAGGCCACACACUUGGCGUAACAUCUUUAGUUGUUGGAGGCAAGAGCCUGUACUCUGGUUCUCUGGACCAUACAAUAAGGGUUUGGGAUCAUGAGACUUUACAGUGUAUCAUGACACUGAACAACCAUAAUGAUGUUGUAACGUCGUUUCUUUGCUGGGACCAAUAUUUGUUUUCUUCUUCAUUGGACUGCACAGUAAAGGUUUGGGCUGCUACUGAAGAAGGCAGCUUGGAAGUUGUCUACACGCACAAUGAAGAACAUGGCGUUCUUGCACUUAAUGGGAUGACUGAUACAGAUGACAAACCGAUAAUAUAUUGCUCUUGUGCUGACAAUUCUGUGCACCUAUAUGAAUUGCCAUCAUUCGUUGACAGGGGCAGACUCUUUGCAAAUGAAGAAGUUGGAACAGUUCAAAUAGGUCCUGGGGGCCUCUUUUUCACCGGGGAUCGGACGGGUUUGUUGACAGUGUGGAAAUGGCCACCGGCGCCCAGAGUUGCAGCGACUGGAAGUUGAGAUAUGUUGAAUACUAGUCAAGCAUUCUUUUUGUUAAUUUGUGCGAGGAUAUGGUGAGAUGGUGUCAUGACUAAAAUAGCUUUUUGAGGGAAAAAAUUGUCUUGGUCUGUGAGCUUUGGGAACUCAGGUUAUUAUGAAUGUUUCAGGCGAAGUAGGAAAAUCGUUCUUAAGAAUUUUCAUCUUCUGUAAAUUGAUAGGGGAUCCAUUGACGAGUUGAAACUGACACAGUAAGAGAAUGAUACAAUAUGUAUGUAUGGUUUAAGGAGGAGAUUCUCUA